AUGGCUGAAGCCGAGGCGGCGCCUACAAAAGGACUGCGACAUGGACACAGACCGCGAUGGCUUCAUUCCGGCUUUCUCAAGUCACGCGCCUGGUCCGCUGCAACAUGGACCAACCUCCGAAGCAACAACCUAUGGCGGCGCGUCGUCAAGUAUUCCAUAGCGACGACUCUCACCAUCAUCAUUGUCCUGAUCCCUGAGGUUGUUGCCCUCUUCCCCGGCACUACUUUUCUGGCCCCCUUAACAACCGUCUUCGCCAACCCGGGCCAACGAAUGGGCGCCAUGGUCGAGGGACUACUCCUGACCCUUGUCGGCGCAACAAUGGGAACGGCGUGGGGCUCGCUCGGUCUCUGGUUAUCGAGCCGGGCCGUCGAUGACAACCUCCAGGCCGCGUUCGCUAUUCGAGCUCUCUUUCUGUUAUGUGCCGUUGUUCAUCACGGAUAUCUUCGCUCGUCCAGCCCGAGGUUGAUCGUCUACGUUCUCUUUCACCUAACUUCCUCUACCAUCAUCCUCAUGGGCCCGUGGCGGGCGCUCACGAGCACCAUCGUCACGUAUGUUGCCUAUCCCAUCUUGAUAGGAAUGGUGGUCACUUUCUUGAUCAACUUUUCCAUCUUCCCGGAGCCUUCCAACGACUUCCUCGCCCACGCCACCAUCGAUGCCAUUGAUCAGACGACGCUGGCCGUGACGCGCUCCACAAACUGGUUCCUCAGCCCUGGGGAUGGCCCAGACAAACCCCGGAGUGACCACCCGGCCGAAGCCUCGCCGAGCACGGCCGGCACCGUGAAAACAUUAGUUGGUUCGAGCGCGAAACGACCUUGGUAUCACCAUCUUUGGUCCGGAUUACGGAAUCCCUUGUCCACACCCGGAUCGAGAGCGCCCGUCAUCAGCGCCCCCGCCCAACACAUUGGCCUGGCCGCACUGACGGCCAGCAAAGCUGCGCUGCGGUCAGGCCUGCAGCGCUGCCGCGCUGGGCAGUCCGAGGUCAACCUCGAGAUUGCCAUCGGCCCCCUGCCGCCCUCCAGCCUCAAACCCAUCACCACGAAAGCCAUGCCUGGUCUCGUACACAAUGCCGUCAUGUUAAUCGGCGCGUGCGAGAACAAAUUUGUCCUCCUAGGCGACGGCGAACCCGACGAUGCCACCGAUACCGAGGACGAGGAUCCAUUCAAACCCGACGACGCUGGCCGAGGAAGAUCCUCUCGACGCAUUGGAAUCCGUCAAGCGCUGCGCGAGCUGGAAGCAGGCGAUCCCGAGGUUCUCGAAGCCAUCAUCAAGCGCAUCCAGCUGCCGACCAAGGACUUUACCGAGGCGCUGCGGCAGGCCGCCCUGACGGUGACGACGAGCCUAGCGUACUGCUACGGCCUUCCAAAGCUGAAGACGGGCAUGCCGACGCCCAAGAGGAUCAUCCUCGAAGAGAUGGACAUCCACAUUGACGCCUUCAUGGACGCCAUUGCCAUCUACGACUUUUGCUCCACGGAGGAGCUCGAGCGCGCGACCACGACCAAGGACGGAGAGACCGAUAUCAUGCCCCGCAUGGAGACGUUUCUCGUAUCGUCCUUCCUGCUGGGCCUGCGGCAGUCGGCCGUACACAUGCUGCAGCUGCUGCGCUACGCUCGUCUCCUCGUCGAGAAGCGCCACAGGCGGCACAGGAUCAGCAUCCACUUUCCCGAAUACUUUGGUUGGCGACAGUGGCUGUCGACCGGCGGCGAGAGGGAUGCCAUGGUUCUGCCGCAGACGAUGCGCAAGAAGGGCCGGUCGGGGCGAAUUCCUACACCCAAGGAGGAGAGUAGGAUGGAGGAAGAAGGCACUGUUGAGGAGCUCGACAGGCCUCUCGCACGGCAGAGAGCUGAUGUGGAGAGUGUGCCAAACGUACUGGAAGCGAGCUUUCAACACGCAAAGCCGCCAUUUCCGACUCCGCCGACAACGAAUGACGAGGUGAAGAGGAAGAAGAAGGAAGAGCGGCGUGCCGCAGCGUCCGGAGGCAUCACCAGCCGCAUCCGGGCGCGCGUGGCCGACGUCUACGAGUCACUCCAGAGAUCGGACGAUGCCAUUUAUGCGAUUAAGCUUGCCAUCGCCUUUUUCAUCAUCAGCUGGCCGGGCUUCAUCCCGUCGUGGCACGAGUGGUACGCGAAAGUCCGGGGUGUCUGGGCGCCCCUGCAACUCAUCCUGAUCUUCGAGGUCGUUAUCGGCACAUCAUUUUUCGUCUUCAUCCUCAGAUUGGUAGGUGUCACCUUCGGUUGUGUAAUGGGAUAUGCGGCGUGCGUAGCCGGCGGCAGCCACAGAGCGCCCCUGGUAGUUAUUCUGGUCAUCGGAGUGGUGCCAUCUGUAUACAUCCAGCUCGGCACGAAAUACGUCAAGACGGGCAUGGUGGCAAUAUCCUCGAUGACGGCUGUCGCUUUAAAGCCACGGCUCAAGGGCAGCUUUCGGCAGCUGCAUCCAAUUUACCGGGAGAUCAUUUACGUCCUGCAUCAGAUUGUCGACCGAAUGGACAACAUGCUCCAGGUGCGGCGCGUCUAUGGCAGCUCGGUCCUGGAGGAGCUCAACACCGAGGUACACGCUUACCGUCGCGCCGUGGCGGCAUCCAUCGCCAUCGCUCUCUUCGUCGUGAACCAGGCGCUGACGACGCGCAUGCCGCUGCCGCAAUUCAUCCCUUCGGCACGCCUGGCGAUGCUACGCCUCAUAAACCGUGUCCGGCAGGCUCUCACCGACAAGGCUGCACAACACAGCGAGAUGGCCACUGCUGCCGGCGGGGCGGGGAAGGGCGGGAUGCGGAAUUACAUGGCAAGCAUGCAAGGUCCCGAGAGGGUACUCGCCGAGGACGAGCGCACGGCACGAGUAGUGACGCAACACAAGUUCCUCAGCUGGAAUGCAAACGCAGCGGGGCUGAUGGAGAUUAUUGAGUACCUUGAAGAGCUGGUGGAAUUAGCAAAGUUGCUAGUGGGAGUCAACGCGUUCAGAAGCGGCAUGUUGGAGAAGCCGACGUUCAAGGAAUAUGCGAAGAACGUCAAGACGAGAGAGGUACCGGUCGAUGAAGACGACGCGGCAGCAGGCGCGUCCUUGACUAAGACCGAGUCACGGAGGUCGGGGACAAGGAUCAAGAGGCCUGGGACCGGGCUGUCCGGGCUGGCCAGACAGAACACGGGACAGGCAACAGCAGAGGUCGGACAGGGGCCAGAUACGGGUCUGUCCAGGCCAGACACGGCCCGGCCAGAUACCGGUUCCCAGAGACUCGAUCAAGGACUGCAGAGACACGAUACGGCGUUGUCCACAGGUCGGCAGGCUGCAGCAGAGCGCGGAGACACAGGCCUACACCUGCAUAGGACCUGGACCAGAGGCAGUCGAGCGCGUUCAGACAGCCUGGAGACGGCAGUGGAGGGCGAGGCAGAGAUCCCGCUGAGUCUCCGACGUGUGUCUUCCCGGCGCGCAUCGGCACGAAAGCGGCGGCCGACGGUAACGGGAGCGGGGACUUGGCGACGAGAUGAUGACAAGGGCAAAGGUAUUGAAGAGGAGGACGAGCGAUAG